GGCGAUGCGUGCGUAUGGCGCUUGAUAUUUUUAAUUCCAGCAGUGUCAGCCUUUUCGAAAUAUAGUUUUUUUUAUUCUCAGAACUUCAACAAAUUUAUAUAAUAAUAUGUAUGAGAUAUCUUGUUCUAGUAUUCAUCAUUAAUUUGGAGAUGUUCCAAGAUCAUUGAUCAGCUUUACAGAAACUGCCAUAGAUAGAAACAGAAUGGAAAAAUUUACUUACCAAAAUAGAACUAUGGGUUUUAAAGAGAGACAUGCAGUUAAACUACAAGAUCUACUCUACCAACAGAUGCAAGAGGACUCAGAGUUUUGUGAUGUGACACUUCUUAUCGGUGAUGUUAAAGUGAAAGCUCACUGGUGUGUAUUGGUAGGAUGUCCAUUUUUUCAGUCUUUGCAUGAUUCUGGAAUGAAAGAAUCAUUUGAAGGUAGUAUCAGAUUAAGUUAUGGAGAACCCUGGGCCAUGAAAGAAGCCUUAAAAUUUCUGUAUAUAGGAACAGUACAAGUAGAUUUCAAUCAUGUAAAGGAAUUGUUAGAAGCUGCUGAAUAUCUUCAAAUUACUGACAUGAAAAAAUGUUGUAAUGAUUAUCUUCAUUUGAUAGACAUCACAGAUACAAACUGCGUCCAGUUAGCGUUAUUGUCCAGUCUUUAUGAUCUAGACUUGUAUAAUAAAGCCUUCCAGUAUCUCCGAGGACAUCUACCAUCUGUAUUAGAAGGGGAGGAUGCCCUUACGCUGACUAAAGAAUCAGUUCUAUCACUGCUAACAGAUGAAACACUGACAUACGUGCCCCAAGAAAAUUUCUUCAUCUUUAUCAAUAAAUGGGUAAAUCAAGAAUUAGAAGAACGACAACAACAUUAUAAUGAUUUAUUUUUAGCUUUAAACUUAGAAAACAUUCCACGCACAAUGCUUACAGAUCAGUUUGAGAGUAAUACUCUUAUUUCUAAAAACGAAGAGUGCAAAUCAAAACUGUCUCAACUAUUAGCUAAAUAUGCUUCAGGAGACCUUAUCGAAUGUAAGGACACAAAAGACGUCAUAAUUUUAUGUGGAGGGAGUGGUCCAGGAAUUUAUAUAGGACAUAUUCUAUUACCAUUUUCUGAUUACAUGUCUCUAAAUAAUGUGUUUGGUUAUGUAGUAGAUGAGAAAAGAUGGACAGAGUUCUCUCCCAUGCCUUGUGCUAUACGACGUCCUUUAAUGGUAUGUGAUGAUGUAGGAAAUAUCUUUAUUUAUGACCAAUCAAAUAAUCUAGAAACCAACAUCUAUAUUUAUCAAUACACCACAGCUGAAAGAACCUGGUCCAGUAUUAAAGUUAUUUUACCCGAAAACUCAGAACCAUUUGCGGUGCUAAGUAUGGUUAUGUGUCAAAACCGACUCUUUUUCCUAGCUUCUGGUAAUGUCGCAAAGCCUUCGUCUUCUUCAAGAAAUGUGAAAUCUUGGCAGUGUUUCUUAUUGGAGGUAAACAGAGAAAAUGGAGAAAGUAAAGUCAGAGCUAUUCUAUUUCCAAGAAAUGAGAACAGUGAGGCUUCAGCUUGUGUCAUCGCUAACCGCUAUAUCUGUGUUAUAGCUUCUAAACUAGGAGAUAAAGUCAAACCACGACAGAAGAUUAAUUCUGUUUGUGUUUGUUAUGAAGUAGCUACAGACCGGGUAACUAAGUUACCGAAGGGUUGUAAUAACGAACAAUAUCUCUUUGAUUAUGAUGGUAACAUCAUGACGGCUCGACCUGGUAAAACUAAUGUUAGAGUAUAUUCUUUUACAAAGAGAAAAUGGGAGAUGAGACGAGAUCUGGCUAUACCACUACCAGUGGAAUUACCUGAACGUACAGACUACGCUUUCGUUAAUCACAAGAACGAAUUCUAUAUAUUCGGUGGCAAAGGUGGAGAAGCCAAAGAACCGUUAAAAAGUGCUUUAACUUUUAGCCAUGAAACUAAAUCUUGGGAAAAACUAGAAGACAUUCCAGAAGCUAUAUUUGGAAGUGGUAUAUGUGUAGGAAAGUUACCGUCUGACAUGGUUCGUUGCCAUAUCAAGUGUCCUCAUUGUGUUUAUAGCACGCCGAGAAGUCGCGCUAAUUACAACCUUGUUCAUUCAGAUUUAGAUGAUGAAGAUGAUGACGAUGAUUAUUCAUUGGACGACUAUUCGUACGAUUAUAAUUCAGAUAUGUCUCUAUGGGAAGAAGAUGAUGAUGAAGAUAAUAUGGAAUUAAUAGAUGACCCAGAUGAUUACUGGUUUUAUUAAAUAUAAACUUUGUUUUAUCUGUUACAUUCACUUUACCCCCCCCCCCCCCCCAUGCCAUUUUUAUAGGUUUAUAGCGUCUUCAACAUUGAUUUUUGUAUUUUUUUUAAAAAAAACCUUCCAAGGGUAGUUUCCAUUUAUUUUAACCAAAGAAGGAUAGUUUGUUUUUGUGUCUGAGUCCGUUAUAACUCAUUUAAUAGUUCAGUUAUUUUACUAUGUAACAUUAAUCCUGAGAAAGCUAAUACAAACCUCGAUUGAGAGUUUUUUUAGAGUAAUAAAAAUUAGUUAUUUUUAUGUGAUGAAAAUAGUUAUUUUUAUGUGAUGAAAAUAGUUAUUUUUAUGUGAUGAAAAUAGUUAUUUUUAUGUGAUGAAAAUAGUUAUUUUUUAUGUGAUGAAAAUAGUUAUUUUUAUGUGAUGAAAGUAGUUAUUUCCUUUCAUAUACUACCUAAACACAUUUUGCCUUUAAGAACAUGUGCUUUAAUGAUGGAAAAUAUAUAUUUAGUAAAAAUUUAUUCUAUUAUAUGAUACUUUGCUGCUAUGUAGCUUUACAUGCAUAUGAAGCAGAUUUUAGUUGCUUUGUAGCUGGUAAACUACAUGUAUUCUUAGUUGCUGACAAAAUCGUUCUUUUUCUAAUUGCUGUAAAAUGAUAAUGUGCUUUAUAUAGACUUAAAGAGCUUACUUAUAAAUACCUCAAGUAUAAAUUACUUGUGUACAUUUUAUUUAUAAGUACUUUUGACUUCUAUACACAAAAGCUUUCAUAUAUUUUAAUCAAAAAUAAAUACAUGUGAUACAAAAUCAUUAUAUUCCUAGUGUACUUGUACAUUAUUUUUAGGUACUUUUGACUUAAAUUCACAAAAGCUUUCAUGUACAUGUAUUUUAAUCAAAAAUAAAUACAUGUAGUAAUAGUACACUAUAAAAUGGCCUUUUAUUUACAUAUCUUUAAUUAUCGCUGAAAAUAUAUACACUACUUGAAGAUCUAGGGUAGUAGGGUUUGGUAAUAUUGAAAAAAUCAAAAAAUCACGAUAGUAUUUGAAAAAAUAUCACAUUUCAGGUAGUGAAACAAUCAAUUAAACUAUCAAAUCACAGAGGUCAAUGCUACUACCACAAAGGUCAAUACUAUGCAUUUCACUUCACAUUUUAUCAAAAGUCCUAUUCAAAUGAGCUACAUGAAACACAAAAAUUUUUAAUUUUAAGUUCCCAUAAAGUCAAGGCAAGAAUAUUAAGAUUCCAUUUAAACACAUGAGACUUAUAAAAUCAUGAACAAAACAUUGAGAAUACUUCUAUAAAAACCUAUUCAUUGAUAGAAAUUUUCUCCAAAAAAGCAUUAUUCAAACUAUUUUUAUCAUACUGAUAUGUCACGGUAAUGACAGUAUUCAAUAUUUUUUUUAAUAUUAUUUAAUAUGAUAAUACAGGUAUAUUGCCCAACCCUACUACUGGUAGGUAGGACUAUAUAUGAAUGAGAAAUGUUAAGCUUAAUAUUAAGAGUUUUCUAUCUUCCACAUGCUUUGCUCAGUCUUAUUUGUUAUAUGCAUUUUGAACAUUUCAACAAUGAUUUGAUUUUUGAUAUUUUAUUAUGUUGAUGGAAAAGAAGUUAAAAUAUAUAAAGGUUGAAAUUA